AUAACCACAAAUAAAAAAUUGAGAUUCUCUUGUGUUUCUAGCCAUUGCCAUCUUAGUUAUUCCUUUUCUCCCAGCUAGUAUAUAACUACCAGGUUAUCCAUAUUUCUCUCUUAAGUGCAAAUUUCAUUUCUUUUUCCUAAACCCAGUCCCAUUCAAAGUGAGUAAAGACAGGGUACGAGAUACAGAGGAAAGGACACCAUGAAAAAAUUUCAGCUUUGUCCAUCCAAAUUCUUCUUCAAAUUAUGUAUUAUUCUUAUUCUUGUGUUCCCGGCGGUGGUCUCCGGUGACUGUGAUUGUGAUCCGGAAAAGUCCGUCGAUGGAAGCAAAGCGGAGAGACAGAAAUACAAAGUGGGUGCCAUUGCAGCUAUUCUUACAGCCGGUGCAGUUGGGGUUUGCCUACCGGUCCUGGGGCGGAACAUCCCUGCUCUGCGGCCGGAGAGCGAUAUAUUCUUCAUGAUCAAGGCGUUUGCUGCCGGAGUUAUUCUCUGCACGGGAUUCAUUCACAUACUUCCGGAUGCAUUUGACGAUCUGACUUCGCCCUGUCUCCAGUCAAGUGUGUGGUCGAAUUUUCCGUUCACUGGUUUCAUCGCCAUGAUGUCGGCCAUAGGAACGUUGAUGAUCGAUUCAUUUGCGACGGGGUAUUACCAGCGGAUGCACUUCGAGAAGCAUAGGAUAACUACAGAUCAAGAACAGGGGGCUCGUGAUGAGCAUGCUGGUCAUGUACAUGUUCAUACCCAUGCCACUCAUGGCCAUUCUCAUGGAUCUGCCAUCCCAUCUGAAGAUGGGAGUGGGUCAGAGCUAUUACGACACCGCGUCAUAUCCCAAGUUUUGGAGAUUGGAAUUGUGGUUCAUUCAGUGAUUAUUGGGAUAUCUUUAGGUGCUUCCACCAGCCUUAAAACAAUAAGGCCUUUGAUUGGAGCACUGUCUUUCCAUCAGUUCUUUGAGGGCAUGGGACUUGGUGGCUGCAUUACUCAGGCAAAAUUCAAGACUACAUCGGUGGCAAUCAUGGCAACAUUUUUCUCCCUCACAACCCCAGUUGGAAUUGCAGUUGGGAUUGGAAUUUCAAAUGUUUACAGCGAGAGCAGCCAACCUGCUCUGAUAGUCCAGGGAGUCUUCAACGCAGCUGCUGCAGGCAUUUUGAUUUACAUGUCGCUUGUCGAUCUGCUGGCAGCAGAUUUCAUGAAUCCAAAGUUGCAGAGCAAUAUGAGGCUUCAAUUCGGAGCAAAUGUGUCUCUCCUUCUUGGAGCUGGUUGUAUGGCUGUCUUGGCCAAAUGGGCAUGAAACUCGCCUCAAAUUCCGCAUUGAAGCGAUCCCAUUUGCAUACUUCUUUUUAUUAAGAUGUUCAAUUCCAUUCUCAUGCAAAAUAACACGAAAGCAGAACUUUGUUAAUGCAUGCAUUAUUACUGUAAAUGUGAUAUUCAAGUAGAAUAUUUUUCAUAAUAUAGGGAAAUGUUUGGC